AUGUUUGAAACCUCAUGUGUGCGAGGAGAGGGGCGCCUUGAAAGAUCUGCUACUGCAGGAGCUGCUUUAAUCGACUCGCCUCUAACAUUGUUUGUCCCACAUGAUACUUGUGACCAUGCGUGCGUGCAGGUGUGCGAGGAGAGGGACGCCUUAGAGGACCUGCUACUACAGGAGCAGCUCAAGAAUGGCACCCCUGCUGUGAGCCCUUCCUCUUGCCAUCCAACGACUUACACCUCCUUUCGUUUUGACAAGCAAGUGGAGGAGGCGAGGGCACAAGCAGCAGCGCUGGAGAUGGAGCUGCAAGCCAUGGCCUCUCGCUGCGGGCAUCCCAUUGCCUCCGUGGUGCUGACGAGUUUUAGACUCCUUUCCUACUCCCCUCCUUCCCUCCUUCCCCCCACUCUCCUCCCUGGUAACAGAGACAUGGAAUGGAAGCGGAGCGCGGGCGAGCGGGCAGCGGAGAUGAAUACAGCGUUGGAGCAGUCGAGUUUUGACACGUCUCAAAUCCUUCUCUCUCUUGCCCUUCUCUCUUCCUCCCCCAUCUCCCCUUAUCCUCUCCCCCCCCCCCCCCCCUUCACUGGGUGCGCAGAGGAGUGGAAGCGGAGGGCGGGGGAGCGGGCAGCGGAAAUGAACCCGGCGCGCUGGAGGAGGGACUGGAGGAGCUCGAUGACUCCUCCUUCCCCCCCUCGACCCCUCCACCCCCACCCCCCCCCUCCUCCCCCCCACCCCUGUGCGCACGAGUGGAAGCGGAGGGCGGGCGAGAGGGCAGCGGAGAUGAAUCCCGUGUUGGUGCAGGCGCUGCUGGAAGAGCGACUGGAGGAGCUCGAUGACUCUGGCGUGCUCGCCCUGCAGGUGGAGUGUGCUCGUCUGCGGGACGAGCUGGCCAAAUCCGAGGUGUUGCGCUUUGAGCUCUACCGCAGCCUGGAGCAGGGCGCAGGUGAGGGCAGGGGGGGCAGGGCGCAGGUGAGGGUGGGAGCAGCCGCGCAGGUGAGGGGUGCGGUUGACAGGGCGCAGGGGGCAGACGUGUCUGGUGCAUGUUGCGCAGGGGGCAGACGUGUCUGGUGCAUGUUGCGCAGGGGGCAGACGUGUCUGGUGCAUGUUGCGCAGGGAGGGUGUAGAGAGGUGCUGCGCUUUGAGCUCUACCGCAGCCUGGAGCAGGGCGCAGUGGAAGUGGAGAGCCGGUGGGAGUCAGAGGCGUCUGGUAUGUCACCAGCGAGAGAAGGCAGCUUCAAGAGCAGAGACGCAGAGAGAUGGAGUGUGACGAGUCACUGGUACAAGAGCUACGGAGCUGGGGCAGGCGUCAACAGAGCUCCAUUCCCCUUUGUCUGCCUCUCCCUGUUCCCCCCUCCGCCACAUCAGAUGGAGUGUGACGAGUCAGUGGUAGACGAGUUACUGGAGCUGGGGCAGGCGUCAACAGGGCUCCAUUCCCCUUUGUCUGCCUCUCCCUGUUCCCCCCUUCGCCAUAUCAGAUGGAGUAUGGAGUGUGACGAGUCAGUGGUGCAGGAGCUUCUGGAGCUGGGCCAGGCGUCGCUCACUCAGGAGGACGUCACUCGCCUCAUGGAGACCGUGGAGAAGCUACUGGAGCUGGGGCAGGCGUCGCUCACCCAUGAGGACGUCACUCGACUCAUGGAGACCGUGGAGGCAUCAGAGAGGCAGGCAGAUAAGGUGCGGAAGGAAGGAAGCUUCUUCCUCCCUCCCUCUUCCCACCCCUGCAACCUCUCUGCUUGUCUGUCUUUGUGCCUCCCUCCCCCACAGGCAGCAGAGAGGCGGGCAGAGAAGGCAGAGAGGGAGGCAGAGCAACGAGCGGUGCAGGUGCAGCUGCUGGAGGCGAAGAUGGCCGCCAUGCUGGUAUGUGAUGCUGUGCGGUGGAAUGUGGUGAGGCAAGAACGUUCAUGUGUGAACGCCAGAACGUUCAUAACGAAUCGGCCUCGCCUCGUGUCAUCCUGCCCUCCCUCGUGUCAUCCUCGCCCUCUCCUCGUGUCAUCCUCGCCCUCCCUCGUGUCAUCCUCGCCCUCCCUCGUGUCAUCCUCGCCCUCCCUCGUGUCAUCCUCGCCCUCCCUCGUGUCAUCCUCGCCCUCCCUCGUGUCAUCCUCGCCCUCCCUCGUGUCAUCCUCGCCCUCCCUCGUGUCAUCCUCGCCCUCCCUCGUGUCAUCCUCGCCCUCCCUCGUGUCAUCCUCGCCCUCCCUCGUGUCAUCCUCGCCCUCCCUCGUGUCAUCCUCGCCCUCCCUCGUGUCAUCCUCGCCUCCCCGUGUCAUCCUCGCCCUCCCUCGUGUCAUCCUCGCCCUCCCUCGUGUCAUCCUCGCCCUCCCUCGUGUCAUCCUCGCCCUCCUCGUGUCAUCCUCGCCUCUCGUGUCAUCCUUGCCCUCCCUCGUGUCAUCCUCGCCCUCCCUCGUGUCAUCCUCGCCCUCCCUCGUGUCAUCCUCGCCCUCCCUCGUGUCAUCCUCGCCCUCCCUCGUGUACAUCCUCGCCCCUCCCUCGUGUCAUCUCGCCCCUCCCUCGUGUCAUCCUCGCCCUCCCUCGUGUCAUCCUCGGCCCCUCCCUCGUGUCAUCCUCGCCCUCCCUCGUGUCAUCCUUGCCCUCCCUGUGUCAUCCUCGCCCCCUCGUGUCAUCCUCGCCCUCCCUCGUGUCAUUCCUCGCCCUCCCUCGUGUCAUCCUCGCCCUCCCUCGUGUCAUCCUCGCCCUCCCUCCGUGUCAUCCUCGCCCUCCCUCGUGUCAUCCUCGCCCUCCCUCGUGUCAUCCUCGCCCUCCCUUCGUGUCAUCCUCGCCCUCCCUCGUGUCAUCCUCGCCCUCCUCGUGUCCAUCCUCGCCCUCCCUCGUGUCAUCCUUCGCCUCCCUCGUGUCAUCCUCGCCCUCCCUCGUGUCAUCCUCGCUCCUCCCUCGUGUCAUCCUCGCCCUCCCUCGUGUCAUCCUCGCCCUCCUCGUGUCAUCCUCGCCCUCCCUCGUGUCAUCCUCGCCCUCCCUCGUGUCAUCCUCGCCCUCCUCGUGUCAUCCCUCGCCCUCCAUCGUGUCAUCCUCGCCCUCCCUCGUGUCAUCCUCGCCCUCCCUCGUGUCAUCCUCGCCCUCCCUCGUGUCAUCCUCGCCCUCCCCUCGUGUCAUCCUCGCCCUCCCUCGUGUCAUCCUCGCCCUCCCUCGUGUCAUCCCUCGCCCUCCCUUGUGUCAUCCUCGCCCUCCCUCGUGUCAUCCUCGCCCUCCCUCGUGUCAUCCUCGCCCUCCCUCGUGUCAUCCUCGCCCUCCCUCGUGUCAUCCUCGCCCGUCUUCACUGUGCCCAAACACCCUCCCAUGUUGUGCCCCCUCCCUCCCUCCCUCCCUCGCUCUACCCGCCAUAGCUCCUGCCCUAUGGACGAGCACAAGCGCUCGCGCUCCCUCGUCUCCUCCUCGCCCAUGGAACUCCUGCCCUAUGGACGAGCACAAGCGCUCGCCGUCCCUCGUGUCCUCGUCGCCCAUCUCCUUCCGCCUCUCCCCCGUGGCCUCCUCCUCCUCCCCUGA